UCACAUUUGUUAAAAUUAUGAUCCCCGGAGGUAGGUUGGGGCGACAAUGGGGGAUCAAAUUUUACAUACGAAUUAAAUGCAUAGAUAAAAUCUUUAAAAAUCUUCUUUUUAAAAACUAUUAUGCUUGAAAAGUUGAAACUUGUAUGGAAGCUUCAGAUAGUGUAAAUUCAGUUUUGUUUAAAUCAUGGUCCCCGGGGAGAGGCUGGGGUCACAAUUGGGGGGGGGGGCAAAUUUUUACAUAAGAAUAUAUAGGGAAAAUCUUUAGUCAAUGAAGAAAUAUAUAAUGAAUAUAAAAAUGUCAGAAUAAAUCUCAAAUCGACCAAUUAUAUCUGAGUUUGCUUUGUUUCCAAUUGAUUGAAAUAAACAUUUUGAAUUUAUAUUUUGAACUGAAUUAUGUCCACAGACCGACAAACAGGCGGUCGGGGGGACAGAAAGACAAACAGACAGACGGACAUACGGACGGACAGACAGACAGACAGACAGACAUAAUUAAUCAGAUUGAUACACACUGAGUUUGUUUUAACCCAUACGGGAAUUAUGUCAAGUUUUUAAGGUUAACCUUAAAGGGGCAUGGUCACGAUUUUGGUCAAAUUUUAUUUUUCUGUUUUUAUUAUUUGCAAUGCUUUAGGAAUGCAUUUUUAAUGAUCAAAUGAAAUUUGGAUGCCAGUCGUUGAGUUUUAAGCAAGAUACAUGGCUCACAAUUCUUCGUCAUGUAAACAAGGCUCGUGCCCUGUAUUUGUUUACAUAGGUUCAAUAUACCAGUAAAAAAUCUUUUUUAAGGUGGUUUGUCUAUCUUAUUAUUCAUUUAAAGCAUAAAUAAACAGUUCCAAACGAUUAAACAUUUAUUUUAGGUCUAAAACUGGAGUUUUCCCUUCAACAUUCGAAAUGUACAAACAAACGCUUUUUUUACGUAGCGAAGAAUUGUAAGCUCUGUAACUCGCUUAUAACUCAUCAAAUGACACUCAAAUUUUGGUUGCCUUUUAAAAAUGCCUUACUAAAGCAUUGUAAACAUUAAAAUCGAAAAAGUAAUUUUUGACCAAAAUCGUGACCAUGCCCCUUUAAGACACGCCAAACCUAGUUAUGAUACAAAAAAUAAGCAGCUAAAAAUAACUCUCGAGAUGUAUUUAAAUGUCUAGUCGAGAAAAUCGACACACUUGAAGGAAACCCUGCAACAUGAAUGGGUCGCAUCCUGAUUAUGUAGAACUCUCAGAUUCUACAUAUGAAAAAUUGCCAGAGAAUACACAAGGAACGAUCACCGGUGUUUCUCAGAAUUCUAAUGAAUGUGACAACCCUGGAAAUUCUGACCGAGUGCAGAAAUCGCAUAGCAGUACCUUUCUUCCACAACCAAAUAUUUUAGAAAAAGGAGACUCUAGCUUAUCCAAUCAUUACGGACCUUCGGUAACCACAAAGCAAUUGAAUACUUCAUACGUUUUUGUAGGGAGCGUGCAAGAAACAUCACGAGAAGUCAAGUUACCCCCUACACCUUACUCGAGUCUGACAGAUGACACUAGCCAAUAUUCUUUGGACGUAAAGGAUUAUAAGCCUUUAAAUUUUCGCUCUUUACCCCCCACACCUUCCUCGGGUCUGACAGAUGACACUAGCCAAUAUUCUUUAGCCACAAAAGAUUAUAAGCCCAGAUCAAAAAAACCUUGUUCUUUGAAGAAAAUAUGCAAGUACCUUCUCUGGAUACUCAUCAUUCUCGGUAUCUCGGCUGUCAUAGCGAUAUCCACUGUUUAUUACCAAAAUAGCCAGCUUAACCAGAUUACCAAUAGUAUGGAAGCACAGAGAGAUGGUAACAAUGAAAUUAACAAAACCCUCGGUAUUGUAUUAGACAAGCUUAAUUCAAUUAAACAGUCGAUAGAGUCCAUGAAGUCACCAAUGAAAGAAACCAACAAUAAUGUUAACAUGAAAAAUGAUUUCACAACCCAGAGGUCCCCAGCAAAGAAACAGAUUCCCAUCAAUACUUGGAUUUUCAUUCAUGGCAUCCGUCUCACACAAAAAGGAAUAUUCCAUACAACAUGGCACGGCGUGUAUAUACUAUUGUGACUCAUCCUUCUCUUCGCCUACAAAGGCUUCAAGAGUUAAAACAACACCUUAGACGACAGAAUUACCCCGUGGAACUUAUUAAUGACGGAAUUAACCGGGCUAUGGAUAUUCCUUUAGCACAACUUAGAAGGACCCGCCUUAAGGAGGAGAAACAAGAUGAGAAAAUUCCGUUUGUAACUACACAUAAUCCGUGUAACCAUAAUAUUUUAAAUCAGCAAAACGUUUUUUUCCAAUAUUAGAACAAUCAGAAAAUAUGAAAAAACUGUUAAACCAAUCAUCUAUCAAAAACAGCAGAAGACAAGCGCCGAAUCUGAGGAAAAUUCUCUCCAAAGCAAAGUUCUCGUCCAGCAAUACUAUUUCCAUCAAAAAGUGCGGCGACCCCCGAUGUGGAACAUGUGACCUUAUACAGGAGGGAGAAGGAAUAAUAUUAAAAAGCGGCCAAAUUUUAAAACCUAAUGCCCCAAUGAACUGCAAACCGUCUAAUUUGAUAUAUUGUGCGAUUUGUCCAACAUGUGGAGAAAAUUAUAUUGGCCAGACUAACCAGCUCAACGCCCGAGUGAGAGUCCACAAACAAUAAAUAAAGGACGAAACAGUGAGAAACACUCCAUGUUCGGAACAUUUUGCGAAGUGCGGAAAGGGAACAUUUAAAAUAUUUCCGUUUUACAAAAUGUGGAAUUCAAAUGAAAUCGCCCGAACGACAAAAGAGGACUAUUUUAUUAAAAUAUUUAACCCGAAACUUAAUCGAAAAUAGAUUUAUCAUAUAUAUAAUUUUUUAUAUGUAUUGUAUUAUAUGGGUGCUUUCCAUUUAAACGGCAUCGCCGGAUUUGCCGGUGUUGCCUUCGUCGCCGAUUGCUGGAACGCGCGUCGCCGGCGAGCGAUUGUGGCAACGCAAUAUACCGUUGCUGAUUAGGAAACAAUAUGGCGUCGAUGUUAUCAUAUUCUACAAAACUAGUAUUUCUAAAACUACAAUUUGUCGUACUACAUUGAAAUACAUUAAAACUGCAAAUAGCCAACAUUUUUGGAUCAAAUUUUAAGAUAGGUAUCAGUUUUAAGCUGUAAUAGUCAUCGUUGGAUCAUUGUGACGUUGGCAACCGUUCCAUUAACGUCGCCGUUUCCCGAUAACGUCGCCGGCGAGGCAACGUAAAUGGAAAGCGCCCUAAGUCUAUGCAUUGCUUAACGGCGUUGAUAAAGUUCACGCCAUCGCUACCUUGAUGUACAUUGUGACGUCAUAAUGAACUUUAAAAACACGACGUCAUUGACAACGUUACAAACAACGUUUUUAAUUUUGUAUAACUGUCUGAAGAGCCGACAUGGCUGAAAGCGCUAACAGUAAACAAUUUAUUUAAUUUGGACUGUCGCAUUCUGUUUUAUUUAUUUAAGUAUUUUUUGCCGU